GCUUCUGUGUUAAAAAAUAUGUGAGUGUACUACAUCAAAAUGAUUAUGUUUGUAUCAUUUUAUGUACGUUUUCUACAAUGUAUUGCAUGAUGUUAACGCACUUUUUCUUCAAUACAUAUACUAUAACUGGUAUGACAUGGCAUUUAAUAUAUGGAAACACCAUAGGAGGAGGGUUUACAUGAUCCUCUAAACUCCUCUACAUAUCUUUUGGACGCAAUCCAUUGAAAUCCUGUUCAUGGAAGUGGGCUUACGUGUUGUGAGAGGGCCUGACUGGAAGUGGGGCAAUCAAGAUGACGGAGAAGGUCACGUUGGAACUGUUGUUGAAAUUGGAAAACCUGGGAGUUCUACAUCACCAGACAAGACAGUUGUGGUGCAGUGGGAUUCAGGAUCACGUACAAAUUAUCGCGUCGGAUAUCAGGGUGCUUUUGAUCUGAGAAUAUUGGAUAAUGCUCCAUUAGGAAUCAAACAUCCAAACAUUAUCUGUGAUUCAUGCCGGAAACAGGGUAUAGCCGGUAUGCGAUGGAAAUGUACUCGAUGCUUUGAUUUUGAUCUGUGCACUCAGUGUUACAUGUCCGACAAACACGAUCUUACUCAUCCUUUUUUAAGACUUGAAACAGCUGCAUCAUCUGGGAUUGAAAUGCCAAAGAGACAAGGAGCCGUAAAGCUUCAAAUGAAAGGAAUUUUCGUUUCAGCAAAAGUUGUCCGAGGUCCUGAUUGGGAUUGGGGUAAUCAGGAUGGAGGAGAAGGUAAAACUGGCAAAGUCUUGGACAUUCGAGGAUGGGACAAUGAAUCUGAAAGAAGUGUAGCUAAUGUAACUUGGUCUUCUGGCUCAACUAAUGUUUAUCGUUUAGGUCAUAAAGGCAAAGUAGAUUUAAAAUACACUCAAGAUGCUGUUGGUGGUUAUUAUUAUAAAGAUCAUCUGCCUAUUCUAGGUGAAAUAGUUGAAGCUACUAGCAGUAAACCUCCAACUGUAAAUCACCCAAGGUUUAAUGUUGGAGAUAAAGUGCAAGUUUUAAUGGAUGUUGAGACCCUGAAAGUCAUGCAAGAAGGACAUGGUGGGUGGAAUCCUAGAAUGGCUGAAUUUGUAGGGAAAGUUGGAACAGUUCAUAGAGUUACUGACAAAGGGGACAUUCGAGUUCAAUAUGAAGGCUGUAAUAAUCGCUGGACUUUUCAUCCUGGAGCUUUGAAAAAAGUGCAACUAUUCUCGGUUGGCGAUAUGGUACGGAUAAUUGAUGAUAUGGCCAAAAUGAAAGAGCUUCAAAAAGGUCACGGGGAAUGGAUUGAAGUGAUGAAAACUGCUUUGGGUAAAACUGGUAAAAUUACCAAAAUCUAUUCUGAUGGAGAUCUUCGUGUCAAUGUUGACGGUCAGACGUGGACUUUCAAUCCUCUCUGUGUCACAUCUGUUCCUGGCACAGCGACUGAAAUGAAUAAUACCAUGACUGCCAAUCAGAGAGAAGAACAUACUCAUCCCUUGUUAGGACAUCUCUUGGUGGAACCGCACCAACUUGAAGGAGGGAGUUCAGAUAGAUUAGUAAGAGAAGCAGCCCAGGGGCACACAGAUGUUGUCAGAGAUCUGUUGCAGAAAUAUCCGGACAAAGUUGAUCAGAAAAGCUCAGGGAAAACUGCUUUACAAGUGGCCAGUCAUCAAGGACAUUUGGAGAUAGUUCGGUUGUUACUGAGUGCAGGUAGUAGCCUAGAAGUUCCUGAUGAUGAUGGAGACACUGCGUUACAUUAUUCUGCUUUUGGUAAUCAGCCUGUAGUGAUGGAUUUACUGUUAAAGAAAGGUUCCGACAUAGAUGCUGUUAACAAGGCCCGGUGUAGUCCAUUGCAUGUUGCUGUAAAUAAACAGCAUCUUGAUUGUGUGAAAGUUUUGCUUAAACAUCGUUGCAAUGUUAAUAUACAAGAUUCAUAUGGAGAUACAGCACUACAUGAUGCCAUCAGUAAAGAAAAUGUAGAAAUUUUAGAUUUGCUUAUAAACAUUCCUGAAAUAGAUUUUACGCUUAAAAAUAAAAGAGGCUUUAAUGUUCUGCAUCAUGCUGCCCUCAAAGGCAAUAAUUUUGCUACAGAAAGAUUAAUCAGCAAAUCCAGGCAAAUAGUUGAUGGUAAAAAGGAUGAUGGUUUUGCUGCGCUUCAUUUAGCUGCCUUGAAUGGACAUUUUCAUGUGUCUGAAACUCUAUUAAUGCAAGGGCAUUGUGAAAUUGAUGUCCGAAAUAACAGGAAGCAAACCCCUCUGCUUUUGGCUGUUAGCCAGUGUCAUUGUUCCUUGGUUGAGUUGCUUGUUUCUUCGGGUGCGGAGAUAAAUGUUGAGGAUGAAGAUGGAGAUACAGGAUUACAUCUAGCUGUUAUGAGACAGAACAGUAAAAAUGAUGGAAACUUAGCAGAUGCUCCUUCCAUAUCAGAUAUAUUAUCUCACAUUGGUAGUUUAAACAUCGAAAAGAGUUUUGGGCUUGCUAUUGCUUGCUUUUUAGCUCAAGAAGGAGCAGAUUUAAACCACAAAAAUCGGAAAGGAAAAACUCCUCUUGAACUUGUGCAAAAUCCUGUCAUCCUAGAUUUGCUGAAGCAUUAUUCAGAAAUAAAAAAAGCUCAGGCACAAUCUUUGCCUAUGCCUGCUGAAGGAUCUGAAAUUCUUCAACCUGAACCUCAACUGCCUGAACAGGAAUGUGUUAUAUGCUCAGAAGUACCAGGAAUUGUUACUUUUGAGCCAUGUAAUCACAAAGUUACUUGUGAAGAAUGUUGUCUCAGGAUGAAAAAGUGCAUUAUUUGCCAAGAGAUAAUAUUGAAAAAGACAUCAAGUGGUGGUCGAGUCUUGUCUUCUAAAGGUCGUCAAGCUAGUGUAGAAAGGCUUCGCUACCUAGAAAGCAAGAUUCAAGAAAUUGAAGAAGCUCAUAGUUGUUCUAUUUGCAUGGAAAGGCGUCGAAACGUAGCUUUUAUGUGUGGACAUGGAGCGUGUGUAGUGUGUGCUCAUACUUUGAAAACUUGUCACAUGUGCCGUAAACCUAUUACUAAAAAGAUUAAUUUAUAUUAAUCUUAAUGCUGAGAGUGAAUGCUUGCAGGAAAUGCAAAUAUUCAAAAAGAACUGGACAGAUAACAUUGUGGUGUUACUGUUAUUGAAUUCAAGUUAUUUAUGAUGUUUUAUUUUUUAAGAGUUUUAUUACACUUGUUUUCAUUAUUUAUACACAUUUGUAGUUAUACUAUGAUUAUUUUUUACUAGAAACUUUGACUUGUACCCUUUCACAGGUAUGAAUUUGAAAAAUAUUGACUAAGUUGUGUAUUCAGUGCAUCAUUGCUUAGAUUGAAUGACAAGGACUUUUUCUAUGCAGUCUAAAAAGAUUCUUUAAUUUUUUACUGGUAUUGUUUUGUGUUUUAGAAAUUUUUUUGGAAUGCAAUAAAAGUAAUUUACACUCCUCCCUCCCCAUCUUAUGUAUAGAAUAGUUGCAGUAAGAAAAAGCUAAAGUAAAUGAAACUGUACUCUGAAACAAAUUACUGAAUUCAAAAUUAUUCAAGAAGUGAAUAAUUUAUUGACAAUGAUUGAUGGAUUGCAAACUGUAGUACAGUGGAAUUAUCAUCGAUUAAACAGAAAGGAAAAACAAUUUUUUUCCCCUGAGAAAAAAUGCUGUUUCUUUGUUAAAACAUGGAGAAAGAGAUCUCCCCCCUCCCUCUAAAUUAAACUUAUUUAUUAUUUGUUGAAACAGAAACAAAAAGCAGACUUCUUUUUAUCAAAAAAAAAAUCUAUGUGUUAAAAAAAGGAGAAUUUUUCCUUUUUUAGAGGGCCCUUAUACAUUUGUUGAAAGAAAAAGAGAAAAAGAAGCAUCUUGCAUAAAUGCAUCUAUUCUUUUAAGUUCUUCACAUUUUAAUACAAAGAAAGUAUCUUUUUAAAAUGCAACCUUUUAAUAUACAGUUUUUAAAUAAAAAUAUUCGAGUUGAAAUGAAGAGUAUUUUAUUCAUUCAUUUAGGAAUGUUUUAA